UUUUGGCUAUUGAAAAAACCUGCUACUCCUGGGAGGUCGAUAGAUAUCUAUGCUGCACAGUGUGAAAAGUGCUUCAAGUGGAGGAAGAUCCAAGAAGACUAUGAGGAGAUCAGAAGUAGAGUACAAGAGGACCCCUUCGUCUGCGAGAAGAAUGAAGGUAUGUCCUGUCGAGAUGCUGGAGACCUAGACUAUGAUUCCACCAGAACUUGGGUCAUCGACAAGCCUGGCUUGCCAAGGACACCAAGAGGGUUCAAGAGGACCUUAGUUCUCAGGAAGGACUACUCAAAAAUGGAUGCCUACUACAUAUCUCCUACUGGCAAGAAGAUGAGGACUCGCAAUGAAAUUGCAGCCUUCAUCCAUGCCAAUCAUGAUUACAAGGAUGUACUGCUUGGAGAUUUCAAUUUCACUGUCCUAAAGGUGAUGGAAGACACUGUCCCUUGUGGUAUAUCUCGGAAAUGAUCAGGGUAUCUCUAGGAUCUAGCUGGUUUAGUCUUUUAGGAGGUUGGACUUCUGAAUGUGGAAUGCUUAUGAACCCAUCUUUCUUUCUAGUGAAA